AUGGCCUGCAUAAAUAUCGAAGAGGUGCUCAAGAAGCUCAAAUUAGCUGAAAAGGUCGACCUGCUGGCAGGAAAGCCUCUGCUUGUCAAGAAGGUCUCAGGGUUUGAUAUCAAGGAACAUGGUCCGGAAAGGGAAGCUGAUACACCCGAGACGGCUGCUCUGCUCCGAAGAAUCGGCAACGAGACCAUUCUUCUCGUUUUCCGAUCUGUCGGCGACGUCGAGCGAGGCAAGGUGACGGCCGCGCUUAAGGUCAAGAACACCGGACGCACCAAGGGCGCCGAAACUGCCAGAUGUACAUCCAGCCUAAGCAAGCUGCCAAGAUCAACCAACCGUCCCGUCAAAGAACUUCAUGGCUUUGCCAGGGUUGAGCUUGAAGCUGGCGAGUACGAAGCUGUCAUCAGCGAUAGCAGUGCGAUUCGCGAGGACAAGGCUGUUCGGGGCGGGCUCGUCCAAUGUGCCGGCGUCGUAUUGGUGGAACGGGAUCUGAUUCGAGAGUGCACUUUAUUCCUCUGUAGAUGA